AGCUCAAAGCCCUAACCCUAAAAUGGAAGACCUAAUCCUCGCUCUCCACUCAAUCGAAGCCGUUAAGUUCGGCACCUUCACUCUCAAAUCCGGCAUCUCUUCCCCAAUCUACAUCGACCUCCGCCUCAUCGUCUCCUACCCCAAUCUCCUCUCCCAAAUCUCCUCCCUCCUCUUCUCCUCAAUCUCCUCCUCCUCCUCCUCCUUCGAUCUCGUCUGCGGCGUGCGCCGAAAGGAGAUCAAAUCGUACGGAACCGGGAAAUCGAUCGAAGGAUCGUUCUCUAAAGGACAGGUUUGUUUGAUUGUGGAGGAUCUGGUGACGAGCGGGGCGUCGGUGCUCGAGACGGCGGCGCCGCUGAGGGAGGCGGGGUUGGAGGUUAGGGAUGCGGUUGUGGUGAUUGAUCGGGAGCAGGGAGGGAGGGAGAAUUUGGCGGGGAAGGGGAUAAAGUUGCAUUCUUUGGUGAGGUUGACGGAGAUGGUGGAGGUUUUGGUGAGGAAUGGGAGGGUUACGGAGGAGAAGGCGAGGGAGGUUAGGGAGUUCUUGGAGGCGAAUCGGAGCGUUGGGGUUCCGGCUGUGAAGCCGGAGGCAGUUGUGCCUAGGGUUAGGGUUUCGUAUAGAGAGAGGGUUGGGAUGGUGAAGAAUCCGACAGGGAGGAGGUUGUUGGAGGUGAUGGAGGCGAAGCAGAGUAAUCUGUGCUUGGCGGCGGAUGUGGGGACUGCCAAAGAGUUGCUUGAGAUUGCUGAUAAGGUUGGACCUGAGAUUUGCUUAUUGAAAACACAUGUGGAUAUACUGCCUGAUUUUACACCUGAUUUUGGCUCUCGGCUUCGCUCGAUUGCAGAUAAGCACAACUUUUUAAUCUUUGAAGAUCGUAAGUUUGCGGACAUUGGAAAUACGGUGACUAUGCAGUAUGAAGGAGGCAUCUUCCGCAUUUUGGAAUGGGCGGAUAUUGUUAAUGCACACAUUAUCUCUGGACCUGGCAUUGUGGAUGGCCUCAAGUUGAAGGGCUUGCCUAGAGGGAGGGGACUCUUACUACUUGCAGAAAUGAGCUCUGCUGGCAAUCUCGCCACUGGAGAUUAUACAUCAAUUGCAGUAAAAAUUGCUGAGCAGCAUUCAGAUUUUGUCAUUGGGUUUAUAUCAGUUAACCCUGCAUCAUGGCAAGGUGGACCUGGGAACACAGGAUUUAUUCAUGCAACACCAGGUGUUCAAAUGGUUAAAGGAGGGGACUCCUUAGGCCAGCAAUACAACACUCCUUAUUCUGUUAUUCAUGACAGAGGCAGCGAUAUCAUCAUAGUAGGCCGCGGAAUUAUAAAAGCAGCCGAUCCUGCUGAUGCUGCCAAAGAUUAUAGAGUCCAGGGAUGGGAGGCCUACGAGGCAAGUCGCUCUUAGGACGCCUUGCUUAAGGUUGCCACUCGCCCAUCAAAAUAGUUAGCAGAUAUAACUAAGUUGCAUUGCUAGCUAGCAAGCCAAAGUAUGUGUUCUUGAUUUAAGGGAAUGUUUGACGUCGGUGGCUGAUAUGGAGCUUGACGGUGUUAGCUCCUACCUGUUUGCAAGGCAAAAUUAUAUAUUUUGAUUAUGUGGUGCUGUUAGUUCAGAAAAAGUUUUGUUUGCUAACAACUAUGGUAUUUUUCAUCUUCUAAGUAUGUCUAGUGUGCUGCAUUAUCUCUCGAGUGUAAGGUUUUCAA